AUGGCGCUAGCAAUCUAUCUCAUUAACAAAUGCGCAACGCCACCAAACCCCUCGCCCCCACAAAAUCGACAAAUCAAGGAUCGCAUGGGUAUCCUUUUGGGCCCAGGAAUUCGGGUAACCAUCGUGCGUCAUGCAGCCGUCUUCUGGCUUACAUACCACACCCUGGUAACGGUUCUGCCAUUAUGUGCACCCGAGCGCAUGGAGCAAUUGUGUCCGAACGCGGGGAAUCGUAACCAAGCGCUCUUUGAGUGGAGCACCUCCACAGCGCUGGCCUUGGCGAUGAUUUAUCUUGGAGCUGCCGUUCGGAUCGCGGCGUAUGGUGGCUUGGGUCGUUUUUUUACUUUUCAUCUUGCGCCGCCGGAUAGGCUCGUUACGUCGGGUAUAUAUCGAUGGAUUCAGCAUCCGAGCUAUUCGGGUUUAUUGCUUAUUAUCGUUGGGAACUUCUUCCUGUUCAUACGUUGGGAUGGUACAUUGGCGUGCUGGAUUCCGAGGGAGAUGUUGGUGAGGCUUGAUGGGUGGGGUGUUGCUACUAUUACUGCGGCUGUAGGGUUUGGCAUGUUUCUCUUUGCUUUGCGGGUGUGGGAUGAAGAGAGUAUGUUGAGGAGGAAAUUUGGGAGAGAGUGGGAGGAGUGGCAUGCCAGAACUAAUCGGAUUAUUCCUGGCAUUCUUUGA